AAACAAACAAAAACGAACUUAUUUCCCAAAGGUGUUUGUCCGGUCAUAUAUAAUUCUUGGUGCCGAAAUCUCGGAGACAGCGCCGCCUGGAACGGACGGCUGCCAUGGGCGAGGGAGCGCCCGAGCGAGGAGUCAGAGAGGGCAUAUCGAAGCUAUCCGUUUCUGUAUCGUUGCCGUCUUCCACUGGCGAAUCCUUGGAGAACAAAGCUGAUUCAGCUUCCAUCCCGUCGGCUAGGUUCUCCGCUCGAAAUGCCUCUUCAAAAUACGAUUUUGUCAAGGUCAAAGUGUGGUUGGGGGACAAUGCUGAUCACUACUAUGUUCUCUCCAGAUUUCUUCUAAGCAGGAUGCUCACCGUCACAAAGAUCCCCAAUCAUGUUGCUAUCAAAAUUGCUCUUGAACUCAAGAAGCUUCUCAUAGAUAACAGUCUUCUGGAUGUUUCACAAUCAGAUUUGGAAGCUAAUCUUUUCAAGCUCAUGGAGAGACGAGGAUAUGGGGAAGAGUACAUUAAUCGUUACAAGAUGAUGACCAGGUUUCAUCACCAACGAGUGCCUUUAGUUAUUCUUGUGUGUGGAACGGCUUGUACUGGAAAAUCCACAAUCUCCACUCAACUUGCCCAACGUCUUAACUUGCCUAAUGUUUUACAGACAGAUAUGGUAUAUGAGUUACUACGGACAUCAACUGAAGCCCCAUUAGCAGGUACGCCAGUCUGGGCAAGAGAAUUUAAUUCAUCAGAAGAACUCAUCACAGAAUUCUGUAGGGAGUGUAGAAUUGUGAGGAAAGGGUUGGCUGGUGAUUUGAAGAAGGCAAUGAAAGAUGGGAAGCCUAUCAUUAUUGAGGGAAUUCAUUUGGAUCCUAGCAUCUAUUUAAUGGAUGAAGAUAAAAGGGAAAUUUCUCUUGUUCGUGGCGAGGACAAAGAACAUGGAAAUGCCAAGAGUGAUUUUCCUGCGGAAGAAAAGGUAAAAUGUGCUUCCACCAGUGAACUCAACUCAACAUGCAUAGAUAAGGAAGAUAAGGAGUGCUAUUAUGAAAGGGAAGGCAUUGAGAUCAACAAUUCUAGUUCACAUUAUUUGGAUAAUAAAAAAUGUCCAGAAAAUCCGAGCCAUAAAGAGUCUAACACUGGAGAAAAAGAUGAAGGUCCAAAAGAUCCAGAUGCAAGAAGCAUUUGUCCUGUGAAUAAAGCGAAGCCUGCCGUUGAUCCUAUUAUUGUACCGAUUGUCUUAAAAAUGGCUGAAUUUGAUCACAAGGCAUUAUUGGAAGAGUGGAUAUCCACCAGAACAUAUGGGGAAAACUGUCCCGUCCAGGAUCAAGAUAAGUUGAUUCACAAUCUUAAGACUAUUCAGAACUAUCUUUGCUCAUUUGAGUCUCAGGGCUUGACAGUUGUUAAUAUUUCUGCAACUACAUUUCCCCAGACAUUGGAUCGGCUUCACAACUAUCUUCUUGAGUGCAUUGAGCGUGGUGUUUCUGCUGCAUCCUCCACUACUCAAAUCCAAUCUGAAGGGAAUUAGACACUUGCGAGACUCUAAAUGUCCUCUACCCCAAAGUAAAAACUUAUUGUGUCACUUGUUUCAAUUGAUCCAUAUUUUGUAACAUUUUCAUGGAGGUACUCAGUGCCUUAUGGUGUUGCUUAGCAGCAUUUCAGUAUAGAAAGUAUCGCUAAAAAUAUAUAAAUAGUGUAAAAUGUAUGUUAGCAUUAUUUAGUGUAAAAUUGUAGUCUUUGUAACAUAUGAUGAACUAUUUUAAGAAAUUUGUUCCAUUUA